AUGUAUAUGGAUGGACACGAGCAUGCAGAAAUAGCUUAUUGUGAAAAAUUUUUAGAAAAAAUAGAGAAAUAUGAAAUGCAUAUGAUAAUUUUCUCAGGUGAAAAUAUGGAAGAGGAAAUUAGACCAGCUACUCAUGAUAUUAUAAUUUUGGUAACACACGAUGAGUGCCAAGGAAGGUCCGUUUAUAUAAGUGAAUUUCUCACUGAUGUUGGUGGAUGUUUAAUAUUAAGUGAAGAAAACAAGAUCGCUUUUUCUAAUCUCUUACCAGAAGCAUGUGUUAUAACUUAUCUGGGUAAAGAUGGUGAUAAGUG